CAGGAAUCAGGCACGUGACUUAUCACAGAGCCGCAGCACGUGAUUCCGCUAGUGUGUCACACGUGACUGAAAUUUCUCAAAACUCAAAUGUCGUCGACCAAAAUUUUUCUCUGCUUUUACAAGCAGAACACAUUCAUCAAAACACUGAACAGCCAGUUAACCAUACAAGAUGCCUACCGUUGCAGUUGACAAAGCCGACCUGUUCGAGCUGUUGGGGAAGGAGUACACCACGAAGGAUUUCGACGAGUUGUGUUUCGAAUUUGGUAUUGAAUUGGACGAAGAUACCACCGAAGAAUGCUCCAAGACUGGUGAACGUCCUCAGUACAAGAUUGAAAUUCCUGCCAAUAGAUACGAUAUGCUCUGUAUCGAAGGUAUUGCACAGGCAUUGAACGAAUUCUUGGGGAGAAGAGAACAACCUCAGUACAAAUUGUCUCCACAGGUUCCAAACGUGUCCCUGACUGUUGAUGAAUCCACCCUGCAAGGUAGACCCUAUGCAGCAGCAGCCAUCUUGAGAAACGUGAAGUUCACACAGAGAUCCUACGACUCCUUUUUGGCACUCCAGGACAAGCUCCACUCGAACCUCUGUCGUAAUAGAACCCUUGUGGCCAUGGGUACCCACGAUUUAGAUGCUUUGAGUCCUCCUUUUACCUACAAGUUCCUCGCAAAGAAUGAGAUCAGCUUCAUUCCUUUGAAUCAGACUAAAGAGGUGAAAGGUGAAGACUUUGUCGAAUUUUACAAACAAGACAAGCAUUUGGGCAAAUUCAUUCACAUCAUUGAAGACUUCCCGAAGUUACCAGUGAUUUUGGAUUCUAAGAACAACAUUGCAUCUUUACCACCAAUUAUCAACUCUGAACGCUCUAAAGUCUCCUUGGACACCAAGAACGUCUUCAUUGAGGUCACUGCCACCGACAAAACCAAGGCUGAGAUCGUUGUCAACCAGUUGGUUGCCAUGUUCUCCCACUACUGUGAAGACCAAUUCUCAAUAGAGCCUGUGGAGAUUGUCUCCAAGCAUAACAACGAAUCAAGAGUCACACCAAACUUGACACCAAGAGUUAUGCAAGCAGAGAUUGAUUACAUCAACAGCUGCUUGGGUCUGAAACUGACACCAGCAGAGAUUGUUGCCCUUUUGAAGAAAAUGUCUCUUGUUGCAUCUCCUUCAAAGACUGAUGCAAACUUGCUCGAUGUCCAAAUCCCAAUCACAAGACCUGAUAUCUUGCACCAAGCUGAUAUCAUGGAGGACGCAGCCAUUGGUUACGGCUACAACAACUUGCCAAAGAGUGCAAUGGCUGCAUCUUCAAACCUGAGUGGUGCUCCACUGCCAAUCAACAAAGUGUCUGAUAUCCUGAGAAACGCAUCUGCUCAGUCAGGCUGGUUGGAAGUGAUGCCAUUGACCCUCUGCUCCCAUGAUGAGUGUUUCAAAUUCCUCAACCAAUCAGACGAUUCCAGAGCUGUUAAAUUGGCAAACCCAAAGACUGCAGAGUACCAAGUUGUUAGAACUACGUUGAUCCCAGGUAUCUUGAAGACGAUCAGAGAAAAUAGAAAACACACCUUACCUAUCAAGGUGUUUGAGUCUGGCGAUGUCGUCUUCAAAGAUGAGUCAUUAGAGAGAAGGGCAUUCAACGAAAGACAUUGGGCAGCAGUCCAUGCUGGUAAAACCUCUGGUUUUGAACAUGCUCAAGGUUUAUUGGGAAAGAUUAUGCAAACAAUGAGAACUCCAUGGUUACCUGAGCCUUCUAAAUCCACCGAAAAGGGCUACUGGAUUGAAGAAGACGUCGAGAAUAAGACUUAUUUCCCAGGAAGAGGUGCCAAAGUCUUCUAUAGACAUAAGAACGGCGAGGAUGCUAAGGUUGUCGGCUCUGUUGGUGUCUUGCAUCCACAAGUACUGAACCAGUUUGAAAUCCCUUACGCUGCUAGUGCAGUGGAGAUAAAUGCUGAGAUCUUCCUCUAGAUGGUCUCUGCUUGACUCUUUCCACCGUCUUUAUGUAGUUGAAUAAAUAUACUUUUUUUUGAUCUUGGGUGUAUAUCUUCACCAUUCAAUGGGAAGCAGGAA